AUGACGAACCACAGUAUUAAGGUUCAGAGGGCCACCUCAGCUCUCCUGCUCUUGCUGCUGUGCUCCUUUGCCAGGGCCAAGCAAGCCGUGCCAGACUGUUGCUGGCAAAAAAGCUGUUCAUGCCGCAUCUUUGAUCUGCUCCAUGGGAUGGGCAACCAUGCCGCCGGCAUCCUGACCAUCGGCAAGCGUGGCAGUACCACGACUACUAAGGGUUUCCAGAGUCGCCUCUACCGCCUUUUGCAUGGGUCAGAAAACCAGGCUGCUGGGAUUCUCACAAUGGGCAAGAGAGCAAAUUGGAUACCCUUGCGCCUCAACAAGAAUGCACCCAGCAUCUCCCAGAUGAUGCCAACCCCUGUGCUGCAGAGCCUGACCCAGUCAUGGGAUGCCUGA